AUGUGGAGUGGAAACGGUACAUUUGGGGGCUCAGACAACAGCCCCUCUCCAGCCCCAGGUGAAUUUGGGGGCUCAGACAACAGCCCCUCACCAGCUCCAGGGGUCAGCAUUUCCAGUUGCCAUGGAAGCCAUGUUUCUGUGCCAGUUCUGUCAAACACCAGUGUGCAAGGAGACGUUAACAUAUCAUACAGCUGCUCGGGUGUUGAUUCCAGUGCUUCUAUGGUAACACCUAAACCUGACACAGAUCCCAAGUCAGUUAUCCUGGCCUACAAGGAGUCCAUUCUCCCUGCGUAUCAAACAGUGCAGGAAUAUAACUCCCUCCUUGAUGAACAUGUGCUGCUACAGGAUCGCUACACACAGCUACUGAUGGUGCAGAAGCACCGACCACAGAGAGAGAGGGUGGAGGAGAUCUCCUCCAGAGGAGAUGCCCUCCAUCAGGUCCUCACCACCAGAGAAAGGAAGGACUACCAGAGCAUCAGCGUGAAGCAGUUCUUCAGCCGCAUGGACACGACGGGGGACGUUCCGAGGGCUGUUGUUCUCCAGGGCCACCCAGGGAUGGGCAAGUCCUUCGCUGCUCAGAAGAUCAUGCAUGACUGGGUGCUGGGGACUCUGUUUGCGGGCACCUUCGAUGUGGCAUUUCACUUGGAGUGUAAGGAGCUCAACCUUUGUAGGCAGGAGAAGAGCCUGAUUGAGCUCCUCAGCUUGGAGUCAAGUUUUCAACCAGCCAUGAAGGAGGUGCUCACCAAAUCACCUCAGAAAGUCCUCUUCCUGGUCGAUGGCUUUGAUGAACUCAGAUUCUCCUUGGAGGUGCCCCGCUUGUCAUUACCCAGUGAUGCGUUCACCAGGGCUCCAGUUGAGGCCACCUUGAGUGCCCUUCUCCGGGGGCACAUCCUGUCCAAAUCCUCCCUGCUGGUCACCUCCAGAUCCACGGCCUCAGACAGGCUUAACACACUGCUCAAACAGCCCCAGCGCUUCACUGAGAUCCUGGGUUUCUCUGAGGAGGGGGUACAGGAGUACUUCCAGAGGUUCUUCAAGGAUGAAAAGCUUAAUUCUUGGGCUUAUGACAGUAUCAGAUCAAAUGAAUCCCUCUUUGCAGCCUGCUUCAUCCCCAUCAUCUGUUGGAUUGUCUGCACAGUUUUGAGGGAGCAUUUUGAAGAAGGAAGAGAGGAUCAGAUGGAGCUUACUACAACCACAUCUAUAUUUGUACACUUUGUGUCCACUUUGCUAGAGCAUCACUGCCGGGGUUUGAGUCAGCCAGUCCCCACUCUGCUGAGGAGCCUGGGCCAGCUGGCAGAGAGAGGGAUUCUGGAGCAGCAGGUUCUCUUUGAAAAGAAGCAGGUUGAAGAGAUGGUUUCAGAUCCAGAAAGUGUUCCCUUCCUGUGCAAAUCCCUGUGGAAGAAGACCUUAGGAAAGAAAACGAUGUUCAGCUUCAUGCAUCUCAGCUUCCAGGAGUUUUUCACCGCUCUCUCCUAUGCCACAGCAGAUGAAGAGGAGUGUCGGAGUCGAGUGGAGAACCUGCUCCAGAGAGAAGCUAAUGGUGAUCGACACCUCCUUCCAGUCAUCCAGUUUCUGUUUGGCCUCUCCAAUACAGAGCUGGCUAGCACACUGACAGAGACUCUCAGUCUCUCCAUUUCUCAUACCAUGCACACCCAGCUUGAAGAAUGGCUUCUUCGACUCAACAGUGACAUUUCUGAAUUCCAUAAGGGUGACAUAUUUUCCUUUAAUCGGGAUAGAAGCGUGGAUAUUUUCAGCUGUUUGUAUGAACAUCAUGAGGAAGAGUUGAUGAGGAAAGCCAUGGCGGCAUGGGAGAUUUUUCGACCUCAGUGUACCACCCUGAGUAAAACCGACUGCUGGGUGCUGCGGUACUGCUUUCAAUACUGUCCAGAGAUCAGAUGUGUGCAUCUCACCAACUGCAACAUAACUGCAGAGAAGCUGAGGAUGCUCAUGCCGCUGAUAAGCAGCUGUAAUGAGCUAGAGUGAGUGUUGACGAAUUAGUGUGUAGUUGUAACCAAAUUAUGGCACUUCAAAUAACACAUAGUUAUUCUUGUCACUAGGUAAUAAAUAUCCUGCA